AUGGCUGCGAUACUGGAGUGGGCGGGUCCCUUAUUCCUGCUCGCCGCUCCUCUGUGCGGAUCAUGCAGAUCAUAUCAGGCCUCCACAGCCUUGAUAGGGCUGGGACUGAUGGUUCUGAUGCACAUCUACAUCAUCGUCCACCUGCCCUUCAUCGACGUGUUUGCCAUCAACUUGAUCCCGAUCCUUUGGUCCAUCUACUGCUUCUGGAUGACCUGCGUGGGUUUUGACUAUGUGGACUUGUGGCUAAUGCCCUUGCCUUUGAAACUCUGCUUUGUCGGCUUUGCUCUCCAGACCGUCUAUGGGCAGAUCUACACGGACCGGGUGUGCUACCAGAACUGUUAUCGCUUCUGGUCCGGCAACUUCUCCUUCUCCUGGUUCCUGAUGACCGACUCCGCCAUCGAAAAGAUAAAGAGCCGCGUGAUCUCCACGGCCGUCUUCCCUCCGUCCGAAGAUUUGAAAGCCUCCGGCCUCAUGGCAGAGUGGGAGUGCGACUUCUUCGCCUACUUUGCCGUGGGAAUGCUUUGGGCCGUCAUGCCCUCCCAGCGGCUUCUGCCGCUCAUGGUCCACGAGGUCACCAAGGGCAAGGCCCUACAUGAGCUUAACUUGAUGCCUGCCUGGGCGGUCGUGAACCACUGCAUGGGCAGCGCCAGCAACGAUGACGGCCGUGUGACCCAGCUCCUUCCGCGACUCCAAGAGGUCGUCAACUUUGAGAGUGGCGAGUGUGUUUGCCUGCGGUGUAAGUCCUGCUCCGGCUUCGGUGGCAAGAUGGCCUACGAAGCGGUUGACCUCUCUGACGGCCAGCUCUUCUCAGGAGUUUGGGAGGUCGCGGAUGCCGUGAAGCUCCGCAAGCCUUCCGACACGCAGGAGUUGCUCAGCAAGAUCCCUCUGCGCCCCGCUGGCCCCAAGAAAAGGCGUGGAGACGUGGAAAUGGUGCGUAUGCUGCUGGAGGCCGAUGCCCACGUACGAUCGGGAAACUCGGACGCCUUCAAUGCCCUGAAAUUGGCCACUGAGCAAGGCUUCACGGACGUGGUGCAGCUGCUGCUGGAGUUCCGUGCAAACGUAGAUUCCACUGAUGAUCGGUGCAACCACUUCCGGACCUGCUUGCACAAGGCUGCAUCCAGAGGCUUCGUAGAUGUGGCAAAGCUCCUCCUGAAGGCCAAGGCUGACAAAGACCGGGUUGACAAGGAAGGCAACACGGCUUUGUCUCUGGCCGCUGCUGAAGGCAAAUCCGAGGCCGCUGCUGUAUUGCUCAACGCAGCUGCUGCCAUUGACAAAGAGAACCACGAAGGUCAAACUCCGCUGUUCCGAGCCUCCUUGCAGUCCCAAGAGGACAUGACUGGGCUUUUGCUCCGCGCAGGCGCUGACAGCAACCGAGGUGAUGCUGUGGGAGACACGCCCCUCAUCAUUGCCGCCAAGUGGGGAAGCACAGAUAUCGUCCGUCUGCUCCUGGCUGCCCGGGCCAACGCCGACGGCCCCAACAAGGCACGCCAGACGCCUCUGCUUGUGGCGUCCAUGCGCGAUUGCAGGAGCAUCACCCACCUCCUUUUGCUGGCCAACGCAGAUACCGAGAAGGGCGAUGACGACGGCCAUACUCCCUUGAUCUUGGCAGCCGAAGCUGGGCAUGUGCAGAUCGCACAUCUUUUGCUGCAGUUUGGGGCCGAUAUCAAUAAAACCAACCACGCCAAGCAGACUCCCUUGUUCGUGGCUUCAGAGAAUGCCUGGUUGAACAUGUGCCGCCUGCUGCUGGACUCCGGCGCAGACCAAGACAAGACGGAUCACAGGGGCAGAACGCCCUUCGCCAUGGCGUCCGAAGAGGAGAAUCAGGGCGUGGCCCGGAUGUUGCAGGAGGAUGCGUGGCGCAAGGGCUCCGCCAACCCGUCGGAGGACAAGAAGAGGCGCCGGCACUCGCCACCACCACGCUGGCCCGGUGUGCGCCGUGAGGAUCACUGGGCUCCCCUUGUAUAG